AUGGAAGAAAGUUCUUUAGAUGUUAAAGGUGGAUUCAGUCCGGUUGAUUCCGAAGGGUUCAUUAAGAAUAGUGAUAUAUUUGAAAAUCUUAUAGAUAUGCCGCAACAAACAAUUAAUUUACUUGAGGAACAAAAAUGA